CGCCGGGCUCUUAAAACGGCUUGGGGGUGGAGGGGGAGGGCUCCACUUCACCGCAGCUCUCAAUCCCGAAGGUUUGAGGGGAUGAGCCGACCACCUCAGUCGCCGCCAGGAAGGAGGAGGAAGGAACGGAAGCGGCGAUAGAAUAGCUCCUGUACCUUCGUGAAGAAAGACUGACGGGAGUGACACAGAGUGGGCGUGGUCAGCCAAGGGAAGGAAGAAUUUCUGCACUCAGUUCCCCUGUAACGUGAGGAGAGCUUCCCCAAUCCAUGGAUUGGAGUCGCAGCGUACUGAAAAGGGACGUUCAGAGGUGAAGCAACAGAAUGUGGAGCAACAAAGCAAAUGAAUUUCCCUUACACAAUCCAAAGUUCUCCCAAAACAGGAAUUCCAUCAGAGAUUUAACAACAGCAUGGAAUUCUUUUUCACAAACAAAGGCAACAUUGCAGCAUAUUGAGAACAAAUUGGAAGUAGCUCCUAUUAGCACAGCCGGAUUGGAUACUGUCAUGGAAAAAAAGCCAUCAAUUAGUACUACCAGGAAAAUAAGCAGGAAAGGUUGCAGGUCUUCCAGUCAAAACAAGGAAAGUUCUUUCCGCAAGCCUCUUCGUGCUACCACUUUGGAUAGCAAUGUGAGUAAGAAUGGACAUGUUGAAUUUCGUCAGCCCCUGUCUUCUUUCAGAGAUUCUCAGUGGUCACCAUCUUAUAAAACCUCUUGCGAAUUGGAGGCCAGACAUCUGAAGUAUAAAGAAGCAGGAAAUAAAGCUGAAGGAAGUGGUAUGAUCUAUGAUAAAGGAGAACCAGAUUUGCAUGGCAGAGAUUUGAAAAGCUCAUCUUCUACAGAUGAAACUGUUGUUCGCUAUUUGAAUGACCAUCCAGCAAUUAAUGCUUUGCAAAGUUCAGAUGUGGUGAAUCCUACAAAAUUAGAAGAAGAAAAAAGUGAAGAAUCCAGAGGAGAUGAGUAUACGAAAACACCGCCAAGUUCAAUAGUCCAAAAUGAACUAAAAGAAUUACAAUUGGUAGAAUCUUCAGCUUCUUCUGCCAGUACCUCAAGUGCCCAUAGGUUAGAUAUUUUAAAGCAGCAUCAGCAUGAUGAUAAACUGGAAAAAUUAAAAGAACGAAUUAGAAAGCAAUGGGAGUGUUCAGAUGAACUGACUGUCGGAGGACAUAAUCCUGAAUAUUCUGAUCAUCCAGCUGUAACUGUUACAGCUCCUGAAAAUAUAGUGACUCCUAAAAUCAGAAAAGUGGCAACAGCACCCAUGGCUCCCUCCUAUAAAGGUUUCAAUCAAUCAGAAGCCAAGAUUCGUACUCCUGAUGGAAAGGUAUGGUGUGAAGAGGAAUUUCUGAAUCUGAGUAGAGAGUUAUGUCAAGAUUUAGAAUUCCAGUUGGCAGAAGAGGAUUUGACUGUAAUAAACACACCUACUGAAAGAAAAGAGAAAAAAGGACACAAACCAGUGCGUAAAACUCAGAAGAUAGCACAACUCUCAAGUCCUUAUUCUAAAUCAGGUGUUGCCAACACAAUAAGUACAACAUCCUGGAGGGAUGGGCAACGGCUAGCAAAGAAACUACUAGGUCCAGUGCCUAAACUAGAGCAGCCAAACACUCAGCUGUUGCCUAGUGACAGGAAUGAAAAAGAUAAAUCUAUUAAAACUAUAUCCUCAGCUCAAAAAACAGAAACUGACUGCAAUAUACCUGUGGCUGUAAAACCCCUCACAAUAUGUCCUGAGCGUUCAUGGAGCAAAAUAAGAGCACAGAAUACCCUGAAGGAAAAAGAUGCUGCUCCUCACAAUGAGGGACUGGGAGAUGAUCAUGUAAAUAAGGAUUUCUUACCAGUAGAAAUCCGUGGGAUUCUUGAUGAUCUGCAACUGGAUUCUGUAGCUCAGGAUUCAGAGAUGAGGAAUGGAGUAUGUCAGAAUCAGGAAUCUAGAAGUCACAGUCCAAGCAAAAAAAAAUCAGACAAAGUUCCCAUCAGUGAAGACACUCAGUUUAUCUUAAAGAAACGCCACUAUGAUGCAGAUGAAGUACGCCAGUAUAUUGUGAGACAGCAAGAGGAAAGGAAGAAGAGACAAAGUGAAGAAAAGAAAGCACAAAAGGAGGCAACACAGCAAAAAAAUAAAAGACUCCAGGAACUUUACAAAAAACAAAAAGAAGCUGUUGCCAAUAAAACAAAGGCAACAUCAACAUCUGAAAGGGUCACUAAACAGUUACAAGAAACUUAUUCUAAAUUGUUCAUGGAACAAACAUUGCUGGAGAAUCCAGGACACUCUAUUCAAGAAGUUCAGUCCAAACCUGGAUAUCAACCAUCUGGAGAAUCUGAUAAAGAGAACAAGGUUCAGGAGCGUCCUGUUAGUGCAUCAUCCAGUAGUGAUAUGUCUCUCUCUGAGCCUCCUCAUCCUCUUGUAAGGGAUAAUACACUGGAGUCUUUAAGGAUUCAUCCAGAGAAGCUGAGUUCAAUAGCACAGGUUCCUUGCUCAAAAUCUGUUUUGAAUGGAGCUCUUUUCUCUCAGCUUUUAUCUUUGGAUAACGUGGGUAUCUUGCAAAAGGAUUUUGAAUUUGUAACAUCAAGCAGAAGGAACCAUAACGCAGCUGUGGGAUCCAUGUCUUCAACUCCUCAGCCAUUUAUGUCAUCUACUGUACAACCCACCAUUAAUCAUUAUAAACAUAAAUUGGACCGAAUUGAAGCCCUAAAGGCAACUGCAGCCUCUCUUUCAAAUAGAAUUGAAAGUGAAGCCAAAAAAUUAGCUGGGGCUGGCAUUAACUAUGAAGCAGCAUGGGGUACUGAACAUGACUUGCUGCAAAAGGAUCAAGGUGAUAUCUGCUGGGCGAAAGCCAGCAGCCCUCCUCUGAAAGGAGAUGAUGUCUUUUCAGCUAGGCUUCAGAAAAUGUUGGCAACCUGCAAUUCACAUACAACUUUUGAUGAUAACCUUCCUGGAAUAGAAAAUUUUAAUGAGUUUAAAAACCUCCCAGAGUCUAUUAGUCCUCAUACAGGUACUCUCGGUCUUCCAGGCAAUAAUAUAUCUGAAGGAAUAUUAGGAAAUCUGUCUCAAAAGCAAACAUGCUCUGCUGGGUCUGAAAAUAAACCUGAAGUUCUGAAUGAUAGUGGGGGUUCCAUAAGUGAAGGUCUACUCAGCGAUGGUCUUCUCUCUGAGGAAGAAGGUGAAAAGCCUAAUAAUCCAUCUUUGAAGAUUGCUGAGGCAUUAAACGAAAAAGAGUUCUGUGUUGCAGAUAAAACUGGUUUUGAACCCAUAAAAGAAUUUCAAAAGGAAGCAGAAAAUUAUUUACCUAUUUUCACACAGAUUAGGAAUGGUCCAAAACCAUGGGAAGAACUUGUCAAGGGAAGUCCACAUAGCGUGAUCAACAUCUUUACAAAAUCUUAUCAGUUGUGUGGGAAAGGAUCUGAAGAACAUGCAGGACAGGGAUCAUCAACACAUCGACCUUUACUUCCAGCCAUGAGCCCUCCAGAUAGUAUUGCUUCCUAUGAGGAUGAUUUCAUCUCAUCACAAGGUAGUGGUACAUCAAUGGACAAAAAGUCUACACCUGAGCACAGCGCCACGAGUAGUACCAGCCUGAAAGGAGAGCUUGCCAGUAAAAAACUGCCUUAUGAACACCAAACUGUGGAAUUAACCCAUCAUUCCUCAGGACCGCCAUCUUCAGGUUCUUCUCAUGCAUCCGCAUCUUCUAAGAGAAGAGGAAGAAAAGAAAAGACAGAAUCAAAUGGAUUUCCAAAUGCCUCUCUCUGGGAAAAAAGCAAAGCAUCCCUAGGAUCAGACUAUGGUUUGGAACAAGCAAAACACUUAAUAUCUAGUAAUGCAGUGUCUAACAGAGAACAAGAAGUGAACCUAGAUUCUGACAGUACUUUAGAGGAACUAUCUGGUCACUCAUUAAUGAGUCUCCCAGAUAAAGUUAGAUCACCAAGAACGAUAAGCUCUCCUCAGUCUCCAAACGUACAGAAAAAAAUGGAUCCUGUAGGAAAUACAGCAGAAAAACAUAGAUCUUUAAAUUCUUCCAGAAAUGUAGCUUCUGGAUCUAAGCUAAAUCCUGCCUUCUCUGACUUAAGUAUUGGAAACAACAGGACUGGAGCCAAUAUUCCGAAUGGUUCCAUGCGCUUCUCACCUGCUGGUCUCCAGCAUCGUAUGUCUGCAGAACUUAACUACCUAAGCACUAUUGAAGAGUCGGUACACCAAAUCUCUGAUAUAGAACGUGUGCGAGGGAUAUCACUUGCACAGCAGGAAAGUGUUUCUCUGGCUCUAAUAUUAAAAUCACAGCAGCAGAGGCAUGAGAGGGACUUGGCUCUUCUAAAGCUCAAGGCAGAGCAAGAGAUGUUGGAAAAUCAAAGGAAUCUGGAAGAGGCAAAACAGAAAACAGCUCAGGCCCAUGCCGAAUCAUUACAUCUGUUGGCACAAUCACAUCAAGAGGCAGCUGAGACUCUACAGGAUACCACAUCUAAGAUUGCAACUCAUCAGCUGGAGACAGCCCUGUUGACUGCAGAUACUGUUCGUCAGAUACGAGAAAUGACAGAACUUGCACGUUUCCAGAUCUCUGAUGCAGUUGGUACUAUUGCAGCUCCAGUUACUACAUUAUUUGACCAAGAACGGAAGCACAGUUCAGAAUUUAUAAAGCAAUUAAAGCUUCAUAAUAUGAACAGAAAACCAGAUUCAAUCACCACGCCAUCAGGUAGAGAGGAGACAAAUGACUCAAAGCAUCGUUACUUAAAUGCAUUUGAUAGCUAUUCAGAAUCAUCAAGAUCAAAGGCACAUGAUCAGAGUAGUAGCAGCAGUCGGCAGGAAAGUCCAUCUUCCAAAGAAACCAAGAAACUUUCUCAUCGUGAAAAACCAAGCAGUACCAUUGAGGAGGAAGCUCCCACGGCAGUCAAUGAUUCACUGCAGAAUAAUAGUAUCCCAUCCAUUCAUGAUGAGAGAGAUUCCACUUCUAUUGGAACAGAAUAUUCCCUCAAAUUUGAGGAGUCUAUGACCGAAGAUGAUAUUGAAGAGCAAUCAUUCCGGUCUUUGUUGCCUUCCGAGAGCCACCGCCGGAUCAAUCUGAAGAAACGAAAUCACCAAGUUUAUUCUGAUGAGGAAGCUUCUCCUGGAAAGCCUACCCUGUCACCUAUUAAGGAGCUAAACCUGCCAUUUUCAGGAGGGCAAGACAGUUUUUCUAAAUUUACAAUGGAAAUGGUACGGCAGUACAUGAGAGAAGAAGAAAUGCGAGCUGCUCACCAGUCUUCACUGCUCCGAUUACGUGAAAAGGCACUUAAAGAGAAGACUAAGGCUGAACUAGCUUGGCUAGAACACCAGAAACGACAUUUACGAGAUAAAGGAGAAGAUGAUAAAAUGCCACCUAUCCGUAAAAAACAACGUGGCCUGCUUCUUAAACUUCAGCAAGAGAAGGCAGAAAUUAAGCGCCUUCAGGAAGCUAAUAAGGCAGCACGGAAAGAAAGGCAACUUAUUCUUAAACAGCAGGAAGAAAUUGAACGGAUACGCCAGACCACUAUGAAAUUACAGGAAAAACUCAAGUCUGCAGGAGAAAGCAAGGAACACCGCAGUGAAGAUGAUAAAAAACAAACCCAUUCCACGAGCCCUCAGCCAACUGAUGCAGAGGCCUAUAGUCCUUCCUCCAUUUCCAGCUCUGAGACAAGUAGCAUCAUGCAGAAAUUAAAGAAAAUGCGGAGACGAAUGGAUGAGAAACACUGCUCUCCUGUUCACUACUUCUUCUCUGUCUUUACGUCUCACCACUGGGCUUCUCUCAGUGUCUGUUUUCCCAACCUCCAUCCCAAAUUCCAGCUGUAUAUCUACAACCAAUUGGUCAGGUUCUUGACCAAGCGAGAGCAAAAACUGAUGCAGCGGCGUCAGUAUGCAGAGGAGCUGCUGCAGUGGAAGCAACGUUUAGAUGCAGAAGAAGCAGAGAUACGUCAGAUAGAAAAACAAGCGCUAGCUGCUUGGGAAAAAGAACUGCAUAAAACAAAAGCAAAUAAAAAAGGAGCAGGAGAUCAGAAAUCUGAUCAAAAAGAGACAGCCAGUGAAGAAGACUCUUCAAUGCCACCUUGUUCUCGUCUAAAUAGCGAAAGCUCGGUCCCAGAAGAAUUGAGCAAUCUAGUUGUUGAGUCUGUUCCAUCAAAGGUUUCUGAGAUUCAAGGCGAGCCUAGAAGCCUAGAUCACACACUAACUGAAGAAAUAGUUUAUACACAAGAACCGGAAUCUGCUGUUUCUCCUGGAAAACCUUCUCCUUGCAAAAGCAGUGCAUCUCUAUCAAAACAAGAAUCAAACAAACAAACACCGAAGUCUGGAGGAAAGCAGCUGUCAUCUACAAAAUCUCAGGAUAUCUCAUAUAGUUGGUCUGAUGAGUCUUUAUCCAUGACCCAAUCAGAAACUACAUCUGAUCAAAGUGACAUUGAAAGUCGAAUCUGGGCUCUGAAAGACGAAGUGCGGAAAAAAAAGUCUGUUGUUUAUAGGCUGAAAAAAGAACAGAAGAAGAGGCUCAAAGAGAAACUUAAAGCUCAAGAAGCAAGUUUGAUCAAACAGUUGGAGACUUAUGAUGAAUUCAUCAAGAAAACGGAAGAGGAAUUGAAUCGGGAUUUUGAGACAACACCAACAGCUAAACCUCAAAUCAAAACUCCAUCUUCGGUUACUGAGAAACCAAAGAUCAAACCCCCACCACUUCAUAGGUCUGAAAUAUCCAAAAGUUGGAAAUCACUCACUGAUUCUGAACGUUCUAGAGGAUCUUUGGAAUCUAUUGCGGAACAUAUUGAUGCUGUGCCACAUUCUGAACAAUCUGUGUCUGUAAACACCAUGAAAUUCACAGAAGCAGAGAUUCAGGCAGAGAAGCAAUCUCCUACAGCAUCCACAGUCCUCAAAACCCUAAGAAAAUCUAUAGCAGAAUCUGACAAUUUGGAUAGUUUACUCUCGUCAGCUAUUCUCAAAGACUUAGGAAACACGAGCAAAAUAUCUUCCAUAUCACUGAAUAAGUCUGAAGAUGCAGUGAGUUAUGACUCUCCCACUACCAGAUCUAUAGUGCAAGAGACAGCAGAAUCAAAAGAAUUAGAUGUUGAAAUAGUUUCCCAGGUUUAUGAAAUAUAUGAUGCCUCAGUUUUUGAUUUAAAUCAAAACAAUUCAGUUCCUUUAAAGACAGAGGUCCCUCCAGAGACUGAACUGUCGGAAAAGGAUCAAUUUGUCUUGGAGUGCAUAAGUGCGCAGGAAAUCAAGGAGAUGCCAAGUGAAAGGUUCAAGGAUGAUGAAAGUAUUACAUCAGUCAAAUCCUCUGAUAGGCUGGGGAAAGAUACACUGAAAGGUGAUUUCCUGGUUUCAGAACAGAUUUCCAUUUGUGAAGAGCAAUCAUAUUCUAGUGAUUUUGAAGAGUCUUCCUUAGGAACAGAUAUAUCAAAAAGUGAGAUAAUUCUUACUGAAUAUCAAAAAGAUAUUUUUCAAGCACCUACAUUAUCUUUCAGACAAGAUACAGGAUCACAGGGAGAGAACACUUUGUACACAAGACCUCCUAGGAGUGAAUCCCCUAGUUUUGGAAGUGAUGAUGAAAUAAGUGAAUGUCUCAGUGAAAAAUCUUUGUCUGUAGCUGAUAGCAUUCAAUCAGAAAGAUUGUUAGAACUCCAGUCACCAACAGAAUUUGUGAAAAAUAAAGAACGUGGCGAUGUGGAGAAAGAACCAUAUGAUGAUGAUGAUGAUGAUUCAUCUUCGGCUUCCAGUUUCAAGGCAUCAUCAGAAAAACAAGAAGAUAUUUUGCUUGGUUUCAGCAUUGGUGACCGAGUUCUUGUGAGUAAUGUCCAGCCUGGAACACUGAAAUUUAAAGGUCAGACAAAUUUUGAUAAAGGUUUUUGGGCUGGUGUAGAGUUGGACAAACCUGAAGGAAACAAUAAUGGCUCUUACAAUGGUAUUCAAUAUUUUGAUUGUAAAGAAAAACAUGGUAUUUUUGCUCCUCCACAAAAAAUCUCUCUUUUUUCAGAAAGUUUUGGUAAUGACUUAGAUUCAAAUGAAAAUUCUUUCUUUAAGCAUGAACUAGAUAAUCAACACAAAACAAAUCAGGAAGGUUUAGACAGUCUUGAAAAUGAAAAGAAUAAAAGAAAUUCAAAUGAGAAAUCUCCAAGAGAAUCAUCUGCCUUAAAAGGUUCAAUUGGAGCUAGAGAUUAUGUAAAAUUCAAUAAACCAAGUGGCUGUGUGGCAGUUAUUAGUAUUGUUGACGAGUUUGAUCAAGAAACCAAAGACUUUGACUCUCCCAAAUCCUCUAAAAAUGAUAAUGGUAUGUUACCUCCCGCCAUUUCAAAUAUCCACAAAGAAGAUUCUGCUAUUGAAGUAGAAGGGAUUUUGGACAGCAGCUUUCCUGAGAAAUGGAAGCAAGGGUCUGUUUGGCAAGAGGAAACAGAAAACAGAUUUCCUCCCAGUAAUCUGGAGAAAUCUGCAACGCCGCUUCUGGACUUGUUGACAAAAGAAAGAAACCAACUGGAAGCCCAACUUAAAGUUCCAUCCCAAGAAAAGGAAAAUCUACUAGAUCGACAGGAAAGAGUUGGUUUGUUGGCUGAUAGUCUCCUGCAAGGUUUUGUGAAAGACACAGUCACUCAAUUUCAGCAAAUCAAAAAGGCAAGGAAUGAGAAGAUCCAUUUUAGCAAUCAAGGACUCGGUGCUGUCCAAGAAAAUAACUUGGCAACUAAUGAACAGCAGAGGUUUUUAGUUGUAUCAGAAUUGGAUGAUGGAGAAGAAGUAUCUUCCCCAGAUAUGUGUCCCAGACCAGAAAGCCCUGUAUUUGGUGCCAGUGGACAGGAAGAACUUGCCAAGAGGCUGGCAGAACUGGAACUUAGCCGGGAGUUUCUGAAUGUGUUAGGAGAUGACCAAGAUUGGUUUGAUGAGGAUUUUGGCUUGAGUUCACAUAAGGUCCCUCAAAACCAAGCUGAAGAAUCAGCAGUCUUACCUAAGAUAGAACUGCCAAAAGUGUCCCCAAAGCCAUGUGAAGAACCUUUGGCUGCACCAUAUGUUGCAGAAGAAGUGGAGGAGUUGGUGCAUGCAGCAGCCGAGAAGCUAUGGAAAUGCAAAGAGUUGGGGCAUGAUCUUCAAGCCCUCAGCAAUCCCAGAGACAUGAAUGAAUUCCCCCAAAAUGAUGACAUUGAAACUAUUAGUAAACAAAUCUACAAACAGGCUGUAUUUGAUUUAACAAGAGAGAUUUUUGAAGAAAUCUUUGCAGAAGAUCCAAAUUUGAAUCAGCCGUUAUGGAUGAAACCCAGCAGGAUAAUUUCUGGUUACUUUCGACGAGUUAAAGAUCCAAGUGAUCUUGAAGAAAUAAAAGUCUUUAUAACAGCUGAGGUUUUAAAGCUCUUAAAUUUGAGAAAGGAAUCAAAUAAUAAAACAGACUGGCAGAAAAUGAUGAAAUUUGGACGGAAAAAAAAGGAUAGAGUGGAUCACAUAUUGGUUCAAGAAUUGCAUGAAGAAGAGGCUCAGUGGGUGAACUAUGACGAAGAUGAGCUGUAUGUGAAGAUGCAGCUAGCAGAUGGGAUUUUUGAGGCCUUAAUUAGAGAGACUAUUGAUCUCCUCAAUCAGAUCAUUGAAAAACAGAAAUUGUUGUUUGUCUAACAUCAAACCAUAUUUUUUCCCCCAAAAUUGAUUGGCUGAGAAGUGAUACAACAUCUCCUCUUCCUGUGCUGCCUUUGGAUCUCCUACACUGGAUUUGUUCCACAAAGGCUCCCCCUCCCCCAAAAUGCUUUUGCCAAUUCAGUAUGUACAAUAAUACUUGGCAUUUGUUUUUUCGAUAUUGGCAGUUUGAAAAUGGUUGGCAUGGAGCACCAAGAACCCAACGAUGGAAAUUCAAGUUACUAGUAAACAUUCUUCAUUUUAAUAACUGCUCUACUUUGUUUUAUGUGUAAUUUAUAACUCUGUUUUUUGACUUAACAGUGUAUCUCAGUUCAACCAAGUAUCUGUUCCUCACUCAUGUAAUUUUAAUCUUUUUGUCUCAUGGAUCUUCUGUCAUUGGAUUAAUGCAUGUGGAUCUGAGGAGUUAUGCUCCUUUUUUUCAACUAAAUUUUUAUUUCCAUUUUUUAAAUGAUUAAUCUGAGAUAGUUUUUCUACUUUUCCACUAUAUUUGUUUUUUCCUCAGUGAACCACCAGCUGCUCCUAAGUAAAUGGUACUCAGGAUUCUCUCAGGAUUUUAAUAUGUGAGAGAUAGGAAAAAAUGCUUACAUAAUGUGGGCCAUUGAUCCCUUUGAUUCCUCCCUUGCUUACCACCUUACUGUAAUGUACCGGUGAAACCAUUACUUGAACUAACUAGGGUUAGGAGUGUAUGUACCAAAGAGAGUGAUACUCAGUGCUUGACUCUGGACCUGAUUUUUUUAUGCUUGUGACAUUUGUUAUAACUUAUUUUAUAACUCCUAAAAAAUAAUUGUCGAGUGCUCUAUGAAUGCACUGUUACAGGAUUUAAAACGUCAGAAUAUCUGUACAUUAGGAAUGCAUCUGUGUCAUAAAAAUGAGGUAUCAUACUAUGUGCAAGAAAUGCAUCAGAGACAAGAGUACAAAGAUCCAAAUGCAUGGUUUUUUUCCCACCGUGGGGUAGAAACGGAUUGUGAAGAGGCACAUGUUACAUCAAACUAAUGUACUUGGAAAGGGAAAUGGGAUGUCAAAAACCCUUUUGCCAAGAUUUCCAUGACUGUUAAGAGUGGGCCACUAUCAAACCCAGUGUGGCUCAUACUGUCUCCAUUGCUCCUCCCCCACCCCCUAAGUUUUCUCCAGGGAACCCAAAAUAAUCUAGGCUUGACUACUGAUGCCUUAAUUUGAAAUCUGGAUUACUUGAGGAAACAUUGAAUCAGAGUGGAUUCAAAAUCUGUUAAUCUAUCCCAGCAGAGACAGCGUUCCAAAGCAUAGGAGGAGGCAUUCCAAAGACUAUGCGCCUAUUUAUGCCCUUUUUCCUUUCAUCUUUAGUUUCUUGGUCUUCCAGUCAGUAUAUGUCUGCCAGUACUCUCUUGUGGAUCUCUUUUGAAACUUUUUUUGACUUGUUUGCUGUUUGCACAGUAACACACAACCAAGAUAGCUCCUUUUAACCAGAGAAAAUACAUUUUUAAAAAGUUGUUGGCAUACAAUCAGAAAUGCUCAUAGAUAGAUUGACAGAAUCACAUUUGUAAACUUGGGGUGAUUAAUUAUACCUAAAUGGGCUAAAAGAACAAAAGACAGAAUAACUAGCACGUAGACUUUACUAGCAUGUAAAUGCCAACUUUAAACAAAUCUGGUGGAGCAAGCUGCUAUGAGUUAAGUACUUUUCAUACUGAACCUCAGAAUGUUUUUAAUGCAUAUUUAAUACCUAAGCGAAGUUACUGGGUUUUUUUUCCUCUGUUUUGAAACAAAUGAGGCCAUUUUCUAACAGUUUUAGGUUUUGCCAUUUUGGGGUUAUCCAUGUCUUUUGCCCUACCUAGCUAAAUAAUGAGAAUCAAGGGAACAUCCAAGCAAAGAGAAUUGGGAAAGUCACCAACUUAAACUGAGCUAUAUUGAUCAAAUAAUAUUGGCAUGCCCAAGGUAAUUAAAGCAAUAGAAUAAUGUACACAGUAUAUUGCUUAACUCAGAUUUGUUGCUGUGAUCAACAGCGGUGCAAAGGUUUCACUGCAACCAAAUCUAGAGGAACGGGGCCAACAUAUGGUAUAGAUUUAAACUCAGAGAACUGUGGCUGUUAUAGCAUUUUUUGCAAGGCAACAAUUACUUGAGCAUGAAUCCAGGAACAUUUUAGCGACAAUUUUGACUGUGAAGGAAUGGUCUUCAAUAUUGCCUCAUCAGGUCCAUAUAUACCAGAAAGGGCAAUCCAUUCAGGCCUUAUAUGGCAUUUUUCUUCUGUCCCACAACUGCAUGUGGCAUAGUUCUGGGAAUUCACUUUAUCCUUAAAGAAACUUCUGACAGCUCAUUACUGAUAUCAUACACUAAGUUUCAGCUAAAUUGACCUAACGGCUGAACUGCAUGUUACCAAAGCUGCACAAUUUCUAGUAUGGUAUCCAACUGGUAUGGUGUAGGCUCUUAAGGGUUGUUAACACUGGGAUUCCUGAGAAGGAAAUUCCCUUUUGGCUAAUUACCUAAUCACAUCUUGCACUUGAAAAGACAGGGUGAAGAGGGUGUCUGCAAAAUGAGAAACUGAGUUAAGGAAAGAGCGCAUAGCUACUUGCCUUAAAUAGCUGUUCUGGGCAACCUUCUUUUGCUCAUUGCACUGACAUAUUAAGGAUGUGUUCUUCCCCAAAUCCCCUUUCUGCUUCCUCCAUCCAGAUGACCCCAACUAUUGAUGCCUCUAUGGUUUUUCCCCCUGCUAGAGAGGGGUUAUACUGAGGUUCUCUAUCAUAAAAAAGGGCUGGAGACUUGUGCUCAAAUACCUGUUGAUUUCAGUGAUUAUGGCUACCAGAUUCAACUUUUGCACCUUCUCGCAGAAACAACCUACUUACUAUUAUAGUUUUCUACAGUGCUUAAUUAUUCCUGCAAGUGAGAUUGGAGGGCCAUGUAGCUACUCUGGAUAAACACCUAAAACAUUUUUGGGGAUUCACUAUAAUACCUCUAGCUCACUUUGAGAAAUCCUAUGUGUUAUAAACAUGCAAUACAUGCUGUUGUCACCCACAAAUUCAUGAAUUCACAUACCUGAGUGUCAUUUCCUUUUUUUUUUUUUUUAUUUGCAUGCAAAUACAGGCAUGAUCAUUGUGUAUACUUAAUGUGAAAGUGAAUUUUAACACAAUGCCCAGUGAACCCUUUACAAGGUUGUCCUUUUUCCAUCAGAGUUCAGAAUGGACUUAAGCAGCAUAGAGGAGUUUAAUUAUGACAAAGAAUCACUAAUUGUCUUGGAGAGUAUAUCCUGAAUAUAUUAAAUUAUGUUAUGCCAGCCAUCAGAAUUCACUUUAGAGAAAAACACUUGACAAUAAUAUAUAAGGACUGUUAGUGCUCUUUAGUCUGUAUUAAAAUGAAUUUUAAUUCAUUAAACAUUAAAAUGAAAUUUUGAGGAAGACUGCAUACCUACAAAUGUAUGCAAAUAUAAAGAGCAGCAAUCUUUGUGGAUCUGUUCCUGACCUAUAGAUUUAAGAUAAAAUCCUAAAGAAGUCCUAUUAAAGCGGAAUUUAAAUGCAAAACCAUCACCAAAAAGACUAUUUUAUGUGCUGUUGUAUAAUCACCAUUUACUUCAAAGGGAGGCUUGAAUAGGACAGUUGUUCCAUGGAUUGUAACCUGUCGCCUUUUCAGUGCUCCAGUAUUUCAGAAAAUUUAACAGCAAGGUUUUAUGGCCUGUUUGGCAAAGGGGAGGAGGACAAAUGGAUGAUCUUCAAAAAAACGUGGCCUUAGCAUUUUUUGCAAUACUUGAAUAAAAGUGUGUAUUCACUAAAGAAAUACCAUAGCACAGCAUUCAGAGACCUUUGAAGUCACUGCACAGUAAAGCCUUUUUUUUUCAAGCAAGUUUGUUAUUUAAUCAGAAUUGAUUGACUUACGUUCCAGCAGCAAAAACAGUUUUGACAGUUGUAUAGUAAUUCUUUGUAAAUUGUACAUUGUCAAUAUAAACAAGCAAAACUCAUCUGAAUUAAUUUAAAAUCUCAUGGAUAAAGAGUAAAAAACUAUACAUUAUAACACAUUGCAGUAAAUAAAUGUUUUGGGAGAGCCUUUGCUGUACAUUUGCAGAGUUGUCUUGGAGAAACUAUUCUUCCUUGCAUACUGUGCUGUGCAGAUACUGUUCCUGCCUAUGUGUUUAUGUAAGUAACUUAUUCAUAGGUUUCCAGGCCAAUUUCAGCCAAUGUACACACUUCUUUGUGUAGUACGGCUUGGUAGAAUACAGGGUGUUAAGGUUCAUGUAAUUUUGAAAUGUAAAAUAAAGCAGUAUAGUCUCUUUACACCAAUGUAAAUACCUUUGUUAUUUUGAGAUGUACUUUAAGAGAAUAAAGUCUGUAAAUAAAGUGAUUUAUAAAUUAUCCAAAUAGUUUAUCAGUCGUUAAAAUAAAGUACAUUUGUUCAUA